GGCCGGUUGCAGAAGGGAGAAGGAAGCGGCGGCCGGAGCGGAGAGCAGCCAUGUCCUUCUGCGUCUUCUCCGGGGGGGAGGUCUACCAGAACCACUUCGAGGCCGGAAUCUACGUUUGUGCCCGCUGCGGUUACGAACUCUUCUCCAGCAAAACGAAAUACGCGCACUCGUCCCCAUGGCCGGCUUUCACCGAAACCCUCCACCUCGACAGCGUCUCCAAACACGAAGAACGCCCGGGUGCCUUAAAGGUGCGCUGUGGGAAGUGCGGCAACGGUCUGGGCCACGAAUUCCUCAACGACGGCCCGAAGAAGGGCCAGUCUCGCUUCUGAAUAUUCAGCAGCUCCCUCAAGUUCGUCCCUAAAGACAAGAAGAACUUGAGGGAGUAGCCGUCUGUCUUCCGGAGACACCCCCUCGCCUUCUAAACUUCCCUGCCCUUAGAUGCUACACCUCCAGACGGAGACCAGCCGGCUUGGCUCUUCUGCUCGACUUGGGGAUGUUUUCAAAGGCUGAAAGGAUGGCGGAUGAGACAGAAACGAGAGCCAUCGUCUAACCACCUUCAGGGCUCGCGGGGGCGCCUGAUACCAUGCCAUCAGCAGAGAGAGAGAGAGCGCCCCCUUCUGCUUCCAUCUCGACCUCCAUCUUGACCCCA